CAGCGCACGACCGUGACAGUCGCGCGAGUGCGAUGGCGAGUGCGAUGGCGUCAUUCAAGGACGACCCCGAUUACCUCGGACCCAUCAGCGCCACGCCCCAGAAGAUGGUGGAGGAGAUGCUCGCCGUGGCGGGCGUCACCGCCGCUGACGUCGUGUUCGACCUGGGAUGCAACGACGGCAGGGUGCUGGUGACGGCCGCCGCGAACGCGGGCGCGAGGGGGGUCGGGGUGGAGAUCGACGAGAACGCGGUGAAGAAGGCCAGGACCAAGGCCGCCGAGGCUGGCGUGGAACACCUCGUGGAGAUCAGGCACGGCAACGCGUGCGCGGUGGACGACCUUGCCGUCGCCACGGUCUGUUUCGCGUAUCUCCUUCCCAAGGGCAACGCCAAGCUGUCCGAAAAGUUGAUGCGCUCGAUGGCGCCGGGCUCUCGCGUCGUGACGUACGUGUUUCGGUUACCGAAGGAGCACUGGGACGAACACCUGGAGACGUGUAAGGCGGUGGCGAGCACGCGGGACCGGGGGGGCGGGGGCGGGGUGGACACGAGCGGGUUCAACAAGAUCUUCGUGUAUCGCGUGCCAGAGACGAGGCCCGAAUGGUGCGAGAGUUGAUGAGCCGCCGAGGACUGUCGUUAGCCAUUAGCCAGUAGCCAGCUCGAUCAAGGCGGAAGACGCGAGGGGGACGACGGACGCGGCGCGUUCGUUCGUUCGUGGUGUGUGCUCGUAUGGAAAUUAGGACAGACAAAAUAAUAUAUAUGUGAACCACCGUGAUCGUG